CGCACAUCCAAAGGCGUGGAGGAGUGGGGCGUUCACGGGUAACCGUGUUAACUUAGAAGACCGAGAGCGACGGCAAAGUCUCCUGUAGACGCACUAAGCUACCUUAUGACAAGGACACUAAGACCCAAAGGAUUCGCCUUAAGAGUGUACCUGUAGUACUGCAAGAGAUUUAGCUGUACAUAAGGUCUGCACACUUCCUCUUGCAGGUUUGCGGAAGAACGCCAGCUUAGUGUGCUACACUGAAAACGGGAUGUGCAAAUGAGGUGCAUUUACGUGCAUAAAACGGCAAGCAGUGUCUUGUAACUUACUGAGGAAGUGCGUGCAGCCAGACUUAACAUUGUUUAUUCCCUCCCACAGGUGUCAAGCAAACUGCUCUUGCAAGUGGUCGCCCUGCAAGUUAGCAAAUAUCGUGACAAAAUGCUAACCAUGUUCUGGGCGAUAUUCUUAUUGACACUGACGCUCUAUGUGGUUUAUCGCUUCCUCACCUUCGGCGCCAAAUACUCGCAACCUCCCGGGCCGCUGCGCUGGCCUUUCGUUGGACACGCCUUCACCGUCAACACUUCUCAAGCCCGAGUUUUCGCCCAACUGGCUAAAGACUUUCGAGGGUUGUAUACACUGAAUUUUUUCGGGAAACGAUUUGUGGUCAUAAGCGACGCGAGAGUCAUUCAGAACGUUAAAACGUCUAAGGAGAUCACGGAGAAACUUUUUACCCAUAGUCCCUGUGACUUCCUGUCUAAGUUUACGUUACUGGGUCGGACAACUCCUUAUAUGGAACCAUCGGAGAAAUGGAUGAGCAGACGACAGGUGCUGACCAAGAAACUAAACAUAUACACUGGCGGGCUUCAACUAUCUGAGAGCCUGCUUAAACAAGAAUUUGGACAGCUGACGGCAUGGAUUGAAAGCCACAAAGGGAAUUCCGUGGAUCUUUCCCCAGUGCUGAUGGCAUCGCUUGUGAAUACAAUGACUAUUUUGCUGCUCGGCAAGAGGUUUCCCUACGAAGGUCCGGAGAUUAAAGCCGUGUGUGACGUGAUCCUGGGAGCGGAGAGCCUCUCAGGCCCCCGGACGGACGGUCUCCUCCAAGCACUGCCCUGCCUCGGCCGAUUGCCCGUGCUCUGGGGCGCUACCACCAAGAGGCUAAAGAAGAAUUUAAAACUUGUACAGGAGUAUUAUUACGAGGUUCCUAAGCACGAUUCAAAGGCAGGAGGUACAGCCGGGCUGAUGGGACUUCUCAUGAAAACGACGGAAGGUAACAACAACACUGGGGUGGCGUCAGAGUUUUCUGAAGAUAACGUCAUGGAAAUGGUGAUCGAGGUCUUGACAACAAGUGUUCCAAAAAUGCACGCUGCCCUCAUGUCCUUCAUUUGGAUGACGCUUCACAAACCGGCCAUUGCUCUCAAAAUUCAGCGCGAGGUGGAGAAAGUCACGAACUCCACGAGACUUCCGACUCUAAGAGACAGAGAGCGCAUGCCCUAUACGGAAGCUGUUAUACUGGAACUGCUUAGGUUCAGCCCCAACGUGCCUUUCAGCCGUCACCUUGUGAUUGAGGACACGAAACUGGAAGAGUUCCAAAUACCUUCAAAGACAACAAUCCUGACAGACCUAAGUUCCGUAAAUCAUGACGCAAACUUGUGGGGAAACCCGGACAAAUUCGUGCCGGAAAGAUUUCUGGAUGACAACGGAAGACUACUUUCGGAACAUAGCGAGCCAAGAAAAAACCUUCACUCGUUUGGAAUUGGAAAGAGAAGUUGCAUUGGCCAAGCAUUUGCCUUAUCACGGAUGUUCCUCUAUGUGGCAACACUGCUGCAGCAGUUUAACUUCCGGUCUCCAGAAGACGGCCCCGCUCAUCAGCCUAACGGGCCGCUGCUUUUUACCGGAAGUAUUGCCAAACCUGCGCCGUUUCUUGUCAAACUUUUCCAACACCCAUAUAAAGUGGACUUCUACAGACAGCAGAAAUCGUAGUCUUUGUAUCUUAAUUUUGGUUUAUGUACAUAUGUAUGAUUAUAACAUCAGUAAACCCGUUACGUUUUUAACAUCUUGUCAUGAUGUUGAAAUAAAGGGCAAAUAAAUUGUUACUUUUCCUAAAGCUCACAUCUCUAAUACUUUUAAUAACUUUUAUUGCUCAUUUGUUCUCUUUGGUUUUAAUUUAUACGUGUUGUUAGCAACAAAUCUGAAAAUAUUUCAAAAAGAUUCGGAAAUCUGUUUCGUGAACACUUCAUAUCAUAGCAGGUUUCCUUUAGAUAUCUUAAAGAACUAACAACAACAGCAAAGUCCGUUUGUCUUUGACGUACUUACGUAAAGAUUCCCUGUUGUAAAGGUGGGUAUGACAUGGAUGUUUUCAGGGGGUAAUUAUGCAAAAUAUCGUCUACACAUGCAUGCACAUGUUCUCGUGAUUUUGACUUGGUAAUGUAUCAUAGCAUGGGAAAAUUUUACCACGCUAGCUAUAAAAAUGCAAGAAGUGCUGUCGGCAAUCUCUCGCCUGACGAGUUGGAUCAACACCUGGGCCCAGUUUCACAAAGAUGUACAUGUACGAUAUCGCACGUAUAGAACAAUGCUAUGGCAAUAGUGAGGUAUAAAAUACCGAACGACAAAUGUACGAUGAAAAACGUACACCGCUUUGUGCAAGUAGCCCACAGUUUCGCUGGUCUUUGUAAAACUAACGGAAGGAAAUGUAGGUAGCUUCCUUAACUUCAUUUAGAUUCGGUAUCGCUUUGUAUGUCCAUAAAGUAUACAAGGUUCACAUCACAAUGGACCCGAGAUUUAUUCUCAGUUCGAAAGUGUACAAAUCUGUUCUUGUGGAGAUGAAACGUAGAUAACGUCAACUAUUUCUGCUGGCAUGUUAUUAAUAUGAAGCGUUUUUACCUUCAACCAUGACCCAAAAAUCAAAAAUUUUGUUUUCUGUACAUUAAUGUUUAACUUGCACAAGUUGCAAUAGGAACCGAAUGCAUUUAAAGUUUUUCGGAGGCCAUUU